AUGAACACUACUUUCGAGAACUUGUCAUACCAGGUAAUGACACUCAUCGACUUGGUGUUUGAAACGGUAGAAGCUGUGCGAAAAACUGCUCCACCAAUGCCCUCUCAGGAAGAACUCGACAAACUGCUUUCCUAUCUCAAGAGACUCAGCAAUCACAUGACUAAGAUGAUAGAACGGACGGAUGGCCCAGAACAAGAGCUCAAGCUAGAGGCCGUAGUUACGCAGGCCAAUGAAGUCAUGCUUGAAGUGGACAACAUGCAGUUUGCCAUCUGGUUGCUUGACCCUGAUCGCCCUUGCUCAAGUCCACCAUCUCUAAAGCCUAAAACAUUAUCCGGUAUUCUGAAACUCGUUGUCAACAUGGCUACCAACGUACCUACAGUUAUCCCACGAGUCGGUGUCUCAUACAGUACAUUUAUGGAAUCGCUCUGUAGACUUAAGAAGGGUGUAUUCAGAGACGCAUCAAUUGGCGCUCUAGGCAAGGUACAGAAGGUCCAUCAAGCUCAGUCAAGAAUCCUAAAGUGCUACCCUGACCUUGAGACCGGUAUUCUUGGAACCGCUAGGCCGCCUUCCCAAAGAUAUCCAUCACAGAAUGAGAUUGAUGAACUUCUCGGUGAUCUGAGGAGUGUCAAGUACUUUUUGUUUGACAUGGCGCGUCGUUUCUACUCUGGCCAUGAGAACGAGCGGAAUAUGUUGCAGCCCUUGGACGAGGUGACAGUAAGCUUGGAGAACCAGCUUUAUUGUAUUCAAUUAGCUAUCAACAAGCUGGAUCCUUAUCGCGGGCCUAAGGAUAUCUUCGGCAUGCAUUGUGGUGUACUUGUUGAUGAGAACUUGGCCGGAACUAACAGAGAGGGCACCGGUAAGAUUGAGGAACAGAUGCAGCAGAUGGCAAUCUAG